UACGGAAUUCGGGGACAUGUGGUUUAUCGGCUGCCGUUUUCGUCUUCGAUCGGCGUUCGACCCGUACUCCGUCGCUUGCGAGGCUUUUUCUGAACACUGUGGUAAUCUGAUUCCGGUUGGGGGUGUUGUAAGCAAGAAGAUUUGAUAGGGUUUGCGAAGAAUCGUUUUCCGUCUUGCAAAAAAAAAAAAAAAAGUUUGCUUCUUUGGGGAGAUUUUUGUUGUGUUUUUAGGGUUAUGGAUUCCUGUAGUGGUUUUGUUGGUGGAAAUUCUGCUUGCGACGAUGGUGGCGUUGUGGAGAAAGAUCCGACUGGGCAAUACUUGCGGUAUGACGAAUUUUUGGGGAGGGGAGCAUUCAAGACUGCAUACAAGGCAUUCGAUGAGGAGGAAGGAAUAGAAGUAGCCUGGUGCCAAGUGAAUAUCGAGGAGGUGUUGCAGUCUCCGGAACAGUUGGAGAGAUUGUAUUCUGAGGUUCAUCUGCUGAAGUCAUUAAAGCAUCAAAACAUUGUCAAGUUCCAUAAUUCUUGGGUGGAUGAUAAGAACAAGACCAUCAACAUAAUAACAGAGUUGUUCACCUCUGGGAGUUUGAGGCAGUACCGAAACAAGCAUAAGAAUGUUGAUAUGAAGGCCAUUAAGAACUGGGCAAGGCAGAUUCUUCGAGGCUUGCAUUAUCUGCAUUCUCACAAUCCUCCAAUUAUUCAUAGAGAUUUGAAAUGCGACAACAUAUUUGUCAAUGGAAAUACCGGAGAAAUUAAAAUCGGAGAUCUCGGAUUGGCUAUUGUCAUGCAGCAGCCUACUGCUCAUAGUGUUAUUGGCACCCCUGAAUUCAUGGCUCCAGAGCUUUAUGACGAGGAAUACAAUGAAUUAGUCGACAUCUAUUCUUUUGGCUUGUGCAUGUUAGAAAUGGUGACUUGUGAAUACCCUUAUAGUGAAUGUAAAAAUCCUGCACAAAUUUAUAAGAAGGUUACCUCUGGUGUAAAGCCUGCUUCACUCAGUAAAGUGGACAAUCCUCAAAUCAAGGAGUUCAUAGAGAAGUGUCUAGUUCCAGCAUCUAUGAGAUUGAGUGCAGUUGAACUCUUGAAAGAUCCAUUCCUUGCAACUGACAAUUUGAAGGAGCCCAAUUGUGUUCCUUCACAAUUAGAAAAGUUGGUGAACUUGCCACAGCCUGAAGCAUGUCCUAUGGACGUAGAUACUAACUACCAGAAGUCCUCCUUUGGAUUUUGUAGGAGAAGUACCAAUGAAAUAUCGAACCCUUCAGUUCUGGAGUUACAGAGUUCCACCGAGAAUAAUGAGUUCAGGUUAAGAGCGGAGAAAAAUUCUGAUAGCACCGUCUCUUUAACUUUGCGCAUUGCUGAUACAUGUGGUCGUGUGAGGAAUAUCCAUUUUGAGUUCUAUCUUGAUUCCGAUACUGCAAUUUCAAUCGCUGGGGAGAUGGUUGAGCAACUUGAUCUUCCACAUGAAGAUGUCUCUGUCAUAGCUGAGUUAAUUGAUAACUUGAUCAUGAAGCUUGUACCUGGCUGGAAACCUUCAUCAGAAGGUUCAUCAUGUGGAACAAAUAGUUCAUGUGUUGAUCAUGCUGCACUGCAAAAUGUUCUCUCACAUGUUGCACAUGCGGAGGACCAAGAUAACCAAUCAUCAAUGAUUUCAGAUACUUCGGUUACCUCAGCUGAGUAUGGUGUUCCUACUGCCUCAGGGGCCAGUAAUGUCAAUGUUAUGGAGUUGGCUAAAUACAGUUCAGAUGAGUGCUGUAAAGCUUCAGAUGGUUACGGUUCCAGUCCAGAUUGUAUGGUUAAGGGUGCGGUCAAGGAGAAGAGUUAUGAAGCUGAUUCUGGUGAUUCAUUUGUGAUGAACGAGGCGUGCACCGACAUGUCAAGCAUUUGUUCCUUAUCUGAGCUGUCUCUAGCCAACAAAGAUGGGUACAGUGAGCUAAAGGGGGAGCUUGAUGCUAUUGACAUGCACUAUCGUCGAUGCCUUGUCGGACUCUUGAGGUUGAGGGAAGAAGAAAUUCAGAGUGCAAAGAAGAGGUGGAUAGAGAAAAAGAAAAUUGCUGUUAAUUGAUGUCCUAUAAAUAGUAAUCUCAUUUGUCUUUUUCUACCUGUAACAUUCGUUUUAUACUUGUAAUUUUUUUUUCGGUUAAGAAACUCGGCGAAGCAAAUAAUUCCCGAGUUUUUACGUUUGGAUUUUGGUACAUACAUUUGGUUUUAUUGUUACUAAUGAAUAUUUUUUAAUUUGUUUGUUCC